AUGGAGGAAACUUUUGAUGUGAUUGUUGUUGGAGCUGGGAUCAUUGGCACUUGCACAGCCUAUCAUUGUCAGAAGAUUGGAUUAAAGACAUUAUUGUUAGAAAAGUUCCAACUAGGUCAUUGGAAUGGGAGUUCUCAUGGAAAAUCUCGAAUCACUCGAUAUGCACACACAGAUGCGCCUUACAUUCCCAUUGUUGAUGAUGCAUUUAAACAAAUUGAUGAUUUGGAAAGAAAACGAGGAGAAAAACUGUGGAAAAAAACAGGAUUGAUGUGGUUUGGAAGUCCGAAAGAAAUCGAGAAUAUCUCUGAUCAUUUGGUGAAGGCAAAUCUUGCUCAUGAUGUCCUAGAUAGUAAUCAGAUGAAAGCGAAAUUCUCUCAAUUUGACUAUGAUCAUUCAUGGAAAGCUCUCUUUGAUCCAAUGGGUGGAGUGAUUUUCGUCGAAAAGUGGCACGAAGCGUUUCAGGAUGAAUUCAAAAAACUUGGUGGUUUAAUUUUGGAGAAUCAAGCGGUUAGCGAUUUCUCGGAGAGUAAUGGAGUGACAAGUGUUCGAACAACGACAAGAGUUUUUCACUCAAAGAAGCUUAUUUUCACUGUUGGCACUUGGCUACAAAGUAUGAUUCCGGAGAUCACUCAAAUGGCUCAAGUUCGACCAGAAAGAAUGGCUGUUACUUAUUGGAGACCAAAGGACAUAAAAGAUGUGCCAAAGUUUACGAUGGAUCAAUUCCCCGUAUUCAUCGUUCACAAUGCUGAGACUGGAGAUGAUGGAUAUGGAUUGCCGUGUAGAGAUUAUCCUGACGCAAUUAAGUUCUGUGACCACUAUGGAGAACCAUUCAAUGUUUGGGAUGGAGAAAAGCCACCAAGUCCGAAGAAUGUCAGCAAUCCUGGAGAGCAUCUCGAAAAACAUAUUCCACUUCUCGAUGGAACAAAACCAGCGUAUCUCGAUCGAUGUAAAUAUACGAUGUCAAUUGAUAAGCAUUAUGUGAUUGAUUUUCAUCCAACGAAUCGAAACGUUUUGAUUGGUGGAUGUAUGUCGGGUAGUGGGUUUAAGGUAGCUCCAGGGAUCGGUCGAGUUCUCGCUCACAUGGCAGCGGGAAAAGAGCUCCCCUAUGACAUGUCAUUCUUCAGUUUGAAGAGAUUCGAGAAAUCUCAUCUU